UCACGCGGUGGAUCGUAGGGUACCCUUCAGAGGCGGAGCACGACAACAUGGCAGACGAGGAGGACUCGGCGUCCGAUCCCGCCGCUGUCUCUCCCGAGGAGAGCCCUCGGGCCGGGCGGCCUCACUCCGUCUCUUUCUCGGAGAGCGUCCAGCCGGCCGUCGGGAUGGUGAGCCAGCUACUCAGCCAACCCUCGUCCCUGAAGUUUGACAAAAACAUCAAACAGGCCUUCUACAACACGGGGGCGAUGAUCUUUGUGGCUAUCUGUUGCGGAGCGGCUGUUCUGGUCUACUUCAUCCUGGAGGCCUUCCUCCGCCCGCUGCUUUGGGCAGUGCUCUGCGGCACCUUCCUCCACCCCUUCAAGUACUCCCUAGCCCGGCUCGGCCGCUCGUGGCUCAACGGCCUGCAGGAGACCGGAACGCCCAUCGUGUUGGGGACCCUGCUGGUCCCGGUGUGGUGUGUGAACUACGGGGUGGAGGCGAUGGGCAGACUGGUGCUGGAGAGGCUCACGGUGCUGCUGGUGAUCGGGGCCGGGACACCGCUGGUUUACUUCCUUUACCUUUUCUGGAGCGUCAUCGGCAUGCAGGUGAUCCUCGAGCACGUCUGUGGGAUCAUCGGGGCCGCGCUGGACUGUUUCCACGCUGUGUGGGUGUUCACUGUGGUGUUUGGCUACUUGUUGGCGGUUUGUUUCAAGUGGAGUCCCCACACUGAGGGCUACCUGAGGGCUCUGGCUCUUCCUGUCUGGACCAUCCUGCUGUUCUACAUUGUGUCUCUGACCGGCUCGUGGAGAGUACCCAUGUUUGUCAUCGUGGUUGUACUCAUGAUUGUGGGCUCCCAAGAGAAACCACCUGUCCCUGGCAGAGGAGAGCUGUCAGGGCAGGUGCUGUCGUUUGCUGCUAACACUAUUUACAUGGCAAUCUCCUGUAGCAACCUUCAGCCGAAAAACGAGCCAAAUGAAAACUCUAUGACAGAUGGAGCCCAGACUCUGGGCCCCCUCCCUGGCACACCUGGGUUCCCUCGGGGCACUCGUUCAUUACCAGCUGGCCUCUUCCAGAAAGAGAAAAGCGCCCACAGAGCCAGCGAUAUCUACUUUAUUAUGUUGGCCUGGGCCAUUGUACUGGUUCAGGUCUGGCUCAACCUCUGGAUACUACAGUUGCUCCCUAUCCCUGUGGCUGUGUGGGUGCUGAAGAAGCUGGUGGUGCACUUUGGCUUGAAGAGCUUUGCAGAGCGGACUCUCACCUCGUGGUGGGUGGUGCUGGAGAAGCUUGGACGUGAGCGAGAAGAGGCCCUGCUGCCAGGACCAAUUAAAGGCUUGGCUCAGUUCCUGCUGCGUAUCGACACUAAGAUGAUCGUGUGGUUGGAGCGAUCUCUGGACAAAAUCAUCAGCAUCUUCAUCAUCUUCCUCCUGGUCACAGGGACCCUGCUUAUGGCUCUGCUGCUCACCGCUAUGGUCCAUCAUGAAAGUGUUCACAUCAUUGACGUAACCAGUAACCUCAUCAACGAGACCGUGUCUAACCAUCCAGAAUGGGCCAACUGGCUUCCAGAGGCUCGUGUGGUGCAGAAGGCUCUGAAUUCAGCUGCUACUAAUGUUUAUCAACAUGGUAGAGAAUGGAUAACACAAAAACUCCACAAGAUGUUAGGGGACAAGGUGAACCACACAGCUGUGAUUGAGAAACAGGUUCUGGAGCUUUGGGACAGACUGUACCACUCCUGGUUUGUGAAGAACACGACCCACCCUGGACGCCAUCGUGGUCAGAAGAUGACGGUGCAAAGACAGAACAGCUGGCUAGGCGACAUCCUGGAUUGGAAGGACAUCGCGUCUUUUCUGCAGGAGAAUAUUGAGACCCUGCUGUCUAUCCUGGAGUCUCUGUGGGUGGUAAUGAGUAGAAAUGUUGGCCUCCUCAUUUCCACCACGACCACUCUUGUCACCGUCUUGUUCCACAGUGGCACGGCUCUGCUCAACUUUGCCCUGAGUCUGGUGAUUUUUCUGACCACUCUCUUCUACCUGCUGAGCUCCAGUGGUGAAUACUACAAACCUGUCAAAUGGGUGAUCAGCCUGACCCCGCUCUCUCAGCCCGGACCCUCCUCUAAUAUCAUAGGCCAGUCUGUAGAAGAGGCCAUCAGAGGAGUGUUUGACGCCUCUCUGAAAAUGGCUGGCUUCUACGGGCUCUACACUUGGCUCACUCACACCAUCUUUGGCAUCAACAUCAUUUUUAUUCCUUCUGCCCUGGCUGCCAUCCUGGGUGCGGUGCCAUUCCUGGGGACCUACUGGGCAGCGGUGCCGGCAGCAUGCGACCUGUGGUUGGUGCAGGGCGAAGGCGUCAAGGCUGUGCUGCUGCUGAUCUGCCACCUGCUUCCAACUUAUUUUGUAGAUACAGCUAUCUACUCUGACAUAUCAGGGGGAGGACACCCGUACCUGACAGGUCUUGCGGUGGCAGGCGGUGCGUACUAUCUGGGUCUGGAGGGCGCCAUCAUCGGGCCCAUCCUCCUCUGCAUCCUGGUGGUAGCAGCCAACAUCUACAGCGCCAUGCUGAUGAGCCCCAGCUCUGCGGCUCCCACCCCAGUGCAGUCCAGCUGGCCGCUCCACCCCAUCAGGACCUUCACAGACUCCACCCCUUCUGUCCUGAAGAAGACCAGUGAGUGAGAGCCAGAGAGUGUGUCCCUUAGGAACGUCAUCUGGCUUCCCAUUGGCUCAUCCCUAAGGGGAAGCGCUCCCCUCCCCGCAGCUCCUCCCUGCGCCACCUGGCUCCAAACCGAGAAGACGUGGCGAUGUAGUGGCUGGUCACCCGUGAUGCCAUCUGCCUACCAGAGCCAUUCCUCUGAGCAAAAUGGCGCCAGCUGCUCUCACUCAAGACCCUUAAAUUACAGAUGCAAGCGUUCAUCCCGAUCCAAAACAUGGACCAAUGAUGUCACACCAGGCUUCACGAUUACAAAUGACGGGGACGCUGAUGCCUAAUCACAUCAUCCCUCAGAGCUGAGUGCCUAAAUUGAUUUUGUAAUCUUAAGAAAAGCUGCCUAAACAUAUUGUGUGGUGAAUUGUAAGAUGGUAUAUUUUAUCUACAAAGCCCGUUAUUUCCACUCUGCACACCCUGGCUGUGUUUCAGGUACAGGAUGUGUCCGUGUAGUGUUUGUACUCCCUACCUCUCUCCUCAUGGAGGCUCAAGUAGACUUAGUAAACAAGGCCGGUUUGUGUAAACAUGAAGUGAGCACUUCUUGUCAUGGACGCUCGGCUCCAGAGAAGGAGUUCAUGACUCCACAUGUCAUUCACAUUUUAGUGAUCGUAGCUGCAACACUAAAUCUCUGCUUAGACAGACUCCCACUCUGCUGGGCCAAGCCUCCACUCUUACUUUUUUUUUUUUUAUUUAUCUGUGCAGUUGAGUCUACUUCUGCGUUCGUUUGUUUUUUUAAUUGUUACAAGUUUAGCCCAAUGACGACGACCUCAGUGGAUCAGAUCAGGCGUCCUGCUUUCAGGGAGUUUGGCCGACAGUCUGACAUCAGAGGAUUACUGAGGGAUUCUGAUUUUACAUUUUUUAAUUUAUUUUAAGAUGAAGGUUUUUUUUUUUGUUUUUUUUUUAAAACACCACGAGUGCACGCACACACACAUUCAUUGAUGGAAGCAAGCUUUUCAACACACCUAACUGAUCUGUCAGUAUGUUUAAGCCCAGAUACGCUGAUAUUUUUGACGAGUAUUUUCGUGAUAACUUUUGGUAAGAGUGUGACUGUCAUCGCCAUCGCAUGACUUCAUCACUAGUUUUUGACCUUGCACACCUCACAUCCAUUAGAAAUGUCAUUACACUUCUUAAGCACGCGUGCACUUGCUCACUCCAUAGUCUGAGCACUUUUCUAACAGAGUAUCAGUAGUUUACAUCACUCGAAGCUUUACUAGAAGAGCUGUACAGAUGAACUGUGUAUGUAAUGUGACACACUGGUGUUACGUGGCUAAUGUGUUAGCUGGGAAGGCUGUGGUGUGUUCUGUGUGGGAACAAGCCUGUUUUUCAGCAACAGUUUCACUGUUCAGCUAAAUUACUGUGGUGUUCAAUUGGUACGGUUUUAUGACUUGAUAUGCACUGAAACAAUAAACAUCAUUUAAACUGUA